UGAUGUAAAGCAUUCACUAAUAGCUUUAGCUCCUCUGUUUUGAAUUGGCGUUUGUCAAAAAUGGCGAAGAUAGCUUUGGGUAGAUUUGAUGACUCAUUUAGCAUUACCUCCCUUAAGGCUUAUCUAGCAGAGUUCAUUGCCACUUUCCUUUUCAUCUUCGCUGGUGUUGGAUCAGCCAUCGCUUACAAUGAGCUUACAUCAGACGCACCAUUGGAUCCAACGGGUCUGGUUGCAGUAGCUUUGGCCCAUACAUUUGCUGUGUUUGUAUGCGUGUCCAUCGCAUGGAACAUCUCAGGUGGCCAUUUGAACCCAGCUGUCACACUUGGAUUGGCUGUUGGAGGCAACAUCACUCUCCUCACCGGUUUUUUCUACUGGAUUGCCCAAGUGCUUGGCUCCAUCGUCGCAUGCCUCCUCGUCAGUUUUGUCACCUCCAAGAGCACUCCAACUCAUGGAUUGGCUGCUGGAGUGAGCCCUAUUGGAGGUGUGGUCAUCGAGAUUGUUGCAACUUUUGCAUUGCUUUACACUGUUUAUGCCACCGCAGUUGACCCUAGAAAGGGUUCAUUGCGUACCAUUGCACCUAUUGCUAUUGGGUUGAUCGUGGGUGCUAACAUCUUAGCCUUCGGUCCAUUCAGUGGCGCCUCGAUGAACCCGGCCCGCUCAUUUGGUCCAGCUGUGGUUAGUGGAAACUAUGCUGAUAACUGGAUCUACUGGGUUGGACCAUUGACUGGAGGAGCUUUGGGUGGGCUUAUCUACGGUGGUGCUUUCCUUUGUCCAUAUAAUUCUGUCUCCGCCACGGAAACCCAUCCUUAAAUGAAAUUGUUCUUGCCAUGAAUUGUUCAUCGUUUGCUGCCUUAAACAUCUUGGCUUUUUUUCCUGGUUUUAAAAAAGUGUAUCUUUAAUUAUCUGUAAGUAUCCGUUGCUUGUAAUAAAUUUCUAAAUAAUUUAUACAUGUCAUGAAGCGUUUUGAUU